AUGGAGAAUCAAGUCGAACAUACCCACCGAAAGCUCUCGAUCAGCAGCGACAAAGUGACGGUCAUCAAACACCUUCAACCCAAGGGCAAACUAGAGCGUGCUGGCAAGGUUGGGCCCAAGCGAACGUAUUCCCCUGACAACGUCCAAGAACUCGAUCAAUCCGUGCCUGUCGACCAAUGCUCCACGCUCAGCGACAUCGCCGCAAUCACUGACUUGUCCCUGGGGACCCUGAGUCGCCACCCGAAGAAGGGAACGUUCCAAAGACGCUCAACACUGAUCAAACCAGAGGCCAACAAGGCAGAACGCGGGGGCAAAGCAGAAUUCCUCAAUCGUGUGGCAGCGGGGAUGAAGGAUGCCAAGCGUAAGCGGGAUUACAACCGAGAGACACGGACAUGCAUGCUCUGUGGGCAGUCGAAUGUCAAUUAUCGCAAAGACAACAUCAUUAAGCACCUUAUCAAGCACAGAAACGACGCCCAUUCACAAGCCAUUGAAUGGGACGGUGCAAAAAACCCUCUGCUACCGCGUCAAUACUUUGAGGAGCGCGAGGAUGUGAUGGCGACGUCGAUGGUGAUGACGAUUUCGAUGCGCAUUUGGAGCGACUGGAUAGUUUGCCGGUUUCCUUUCACUCCGAAAUCAUCAUUCGAAUGCUUGGGAGUUUAUGCAAACAACGCGGUCUGUCUCUACCACCAGUUCCCACUAAAGCGGAGUCAACCCAGACCGCCGUUGCAACUGCAAGAGAAGUUUUGA